CAUUCGAUUUGCUUGAUGUGUGGUUGUUUGUUUGGUGAUUCAAGUUUCCUUUUUUUGAGCAGAAGUCUGAAGGCAAAUCUUUGACAAUUGCUUCCAGCCAAAUUGCAAAUGAUUUUGUUGAUUUCAAAGAUUCAGAAGUGGAAGGUGAAAAUGGUAAAACUGGUUCUGAUGCAGAAAAUCUUUCUGAUAUUGAUGAUGCGGAGGUUGACGGGUAUCUUCACAAUGAAGAAGAAACACAAAACAAAAAGAUUAUCUGGGAGGAAAUGAACAAAGAAUACCUAGAGGAACAAGCUGCAAAGGAAGCUUUAGCGGCUGAAUUGGCAGCUAGUGGUGUAUCUGUUGGAGAUGGACGACAGAAGAAACGAAAAUGUAAUGAAGACAAGAACUCCACACCUGCUGAAACACCAGCAGAAGCAACAUACAAUAUGUUGAAACGGAAGGGACUUGGGUCUAAAGUCAACGUUGAAGCUGUGAGUGGAUUGUACAAGAUUGAAGACGAAGAUGGGAAAGCAAAUGGCAAAGAUGACAUGCACUUCGACGAGCAUUAUGAAGAGGAUACUGGUUAUGGUGAAACAUUUGAUGCCAGUUAUGAUUAUGGUCACGAUGCUGAUUACAACAACGAUGGCUACGUUGAUGACGGUGGUGGUGGAGCCUAUGAGGAUUACCAUGAUGCUGAUUACUAGUAGCAUUCUUCAGCAGAGUGGCAAUCUGAACAACAAGAUCUAUUCAGAAUAUCAAGACAGAACAAAAAAUGUCAUUCCACCUAUAUUCUUCAUCUGCACAAGAUAAUUUUUUAUUUUAUAGGAAAUGAGGUUUCAUUUUACGUAAUUAUAGGGAAACAACUCUGCGUUACGCCCCCCCCUCGUGUGCCUCUCUGAGCAAUUUUUUUUCAGCAUGUGAGGAAAGUGAAC